ACGAAGACUGGUCGAAGGUAUACAAGGCAGGCUAAGGUGUAAAGUUAUAUGCUAGUUACCUGGUUUAGAGCACACUAACUAAUAGCUAACUGUACUACAGCUGUAAAAUAUUACUAUAGUAUUACUAUAUACACUAUUAACUAGCAAUAAUAGGGAGAAAUGUCUGGAGUUCGGGGUGCUGGCAGAGAGAUACUAACCAAAACUGAGAGAAAAAGAUUUAUUUGGGUUUUUGAGCAGUGUGAUGUGGAGAAGAAAGGUUACCUGUCCAGAGAAGAUCUUAAAAUUGCAGUUGUUAUGCUGUUUGGAUACAAGCCCUCAAAGUCAGAAACCAGUAUGAUGAUCCAGGCUGGAGCUGUACCAGACUGUCCAGGGGUCCCUUUGGAGCGGUUCGUGUCUCUCAUGGGGAGGAAGUUGUCAGCGGAGGAUCCGUAUGAGAAGACGAGGCACGUCUUCAGCGCAUUUGAUGUACACUGUCGAGGGUUCCUGAAGCUGGAGGACUUCAAAAGCGUCUUCGCUCGCGUGGCUCCCCGCCUGCCGGACAGAACGGUGCUGGAGGCCUUUCGCUCUACUAAAAACCUGGCAUGACCUGAGCUGCAGUCCAGGUCUGGACUAUUGAAGCAUCAGCAAAAUGCACCACCGCUUCAUAGCCACCCCAGCAGUGUGUGUCAUUACAGAUGGGACAGCUCAAUUCUGACAGCAGUUAAUAUGGUCUUUCCUCUGCUGUACCUCCAGCGCUGCAUUCAUCAGAGCCAGGUUCAUCCACAAGUGCCUCCCUGCGACGGGAGCGAGAGAAAGAGAGAAGGAGACAGAUGGUCGGAAGGAUGGCGACAUUAGUUUCCUGUUCAAGCAGGGUUUGUUGUGAGAAAAGUGCCUUCUUUUAUUGAGAAAGAAUUGCACUCCGUUUUUAUUGUUUGCAUAUCACAUUAAAGCUCCGUUCCAUUCUGCUGGGUAUCGUAGCAGAAGCAUCAGCCAUUACAGUGAUUGAUUUUUUUCGGUCGCCAGACGCGUGCUUGUGUUAGAUCCAUCACCCGUUCGCCUGCUCUUUGCUCACAUUCUCACAGAGAGUGAAAAACAAUCACUGCCAGCCUGCCUAACAGCGCGCUCGUGCUAGACUGCUACUCUUCUUUUGUCUCUUUCUUUUCCCCUCGUUUUUUU